UCGGACUUGUAUUCCAGUUGGACUGAACCCAACGCUACUUGCUGGAGAGGAGCCUGCUCAGCGUAGUGUGUUGGUCAUGUUGAAGAAUGUUCUGAGCAGGUUGGUUACAGAAACUGGUCGUGUUCACCGUCGUGUGAAUCGCGCUUCGUCCAUACAGACGCUGACGGCCUGCCGUGUGUCGGCGAGGAGCUUCGCCGAGGUGAAGGACGAGGUGCAGCUUCCUUUCGACUCCUCCCUGCUGGAAGUACUGGUCUGUCCGCUGUCCAAGAAGCCACUGAGGUAUGAUGCCAACACCAACGAGCUGAUCAACGAGGAGCUCGGCAUUGCUUAUCCCAUCGUUGAUGGCAUUCCAAACAUGAUCCCGCAGGAGGCCAGGCUGAUACAGAAAGACACUCAAACUCCAAGCACACCUGCAGAGUAGAAUAUCUUUGUUGGACCGAACUCUAACUAA